CGGACUGAACGUUUUUGGGAUAGGACAAACGGUGAUGAUUGUGUACCCAAAUAUCCAGCAGUAUUUCAAAGUGUCCCGUUUCAUUGUAAAAGCGGACAGGUGGAAGAACACGCGUGAUUGAGUGAGUGACACAGUCCGCGGUGAUUGUGACUCCAGGCCUUGCGCACACAGUUUUCAUCUUGCUGCUGUCGUCUUAAAUAAUGGAAGAGCCCCAUGUUCACUGCAUUUCCUGCAUAAGCAGACGAUGCAUGGUUAAGCCUGAACCCGGCACUUCCUGUGACCUCCUAACCUGCCCACUUGUAUGUGGUGCUGUCUUCCAUGGCUGCAAGGCAGUCGAACACAAGCUGCUGUGCCCACUCGAAAGGGUGCCAUGUCUUAACCACAGCAUAGGAUGCCCUUUUACUCUGGCCCGUGGCCAGAUGGCAGACCACCUUGAGGUGUGUCCAGCAGGUGUGGUGUGCUGCACUAUGGAGUGGAACAGGUGGCCAGUGAACGACGAGGAUUAUCGUUCGUAUGAGCGACUGAGUCAGGAAGCAAAUGAAGUGGAGCAGCUUGACAUGGCACUUGCCCUUCAAGACCAGCGCACCAUGUUGGCGUCACUCAAGCUUGUCUCUCUGGCGCCCACUAAUUGCCCAGAGAAAAAGACUCAGGUACCAGGACAAAGUGAAAAGCUUGGUGUAGUUGCAGCUGCUCAGGCUCCACAUGUGCCCAUGGAGACGGUUGAGAUGGAGCCUAGUACAGCAGGCUGCUCAAAGGACAAGAUUACCAAUGGAAUUAAUGGCCUGAAUGAAGAACAUUAUGGUGAGCUCUACCAAACCACUGUAGAGACAACCAAAAGCCUGUCUGCAGCUCUCAACAUCCUGAUCCACCUCAAUUCUUCAGAUACCGACUGUACGACCACUGACGCAUCAGCUAUGCAUCUAGAAUGCAAUGGGGAACUGCAUGAAUCCGUAAUGAUGAGGCAAGACACCGGGUUCGACUGUGAUAAAAUAGCCAAUGGAGUAAGUGGCUUAAAGGAGGAGUUACAGCCUCAACAGCACCAAACCCUGAUGGAGCUUGGCAGGAGCUUGGCCUCUGCCCUUGGUGCACUAGAAGAUGCUGUUAAGGGCACUGAGCCAAUUAGUGUCUCCAUAGUUAAGGAGAAUGGUAAGCUCAACCAGUUAGAAACUUUGGAGUCAGCAGAUGUUGAUAUGAAGGAAAUUACUUCUGAGGUUGAGGGCGAGCUUGGGGCUGUGGGGGGUAUUGAUGGAGAAACACCUUCACAUUUUCUUUCAGAAGGUUGUUGUAAAGACCUUAAUGAUGAGGCAGUAGGUGAGUGUUGUCCAGUCAUGUUAGUGGACAUAGAGAGGCAAGAUUUCUGUAAUGGCUCACAUAGUAUUUUAGAUUGUAAAGAUGAGGCACACCAUCACAUUAUGGAAGCCACCCCAGAAAACCAUCAAUGUUCAGAGUCCAGAGGUUCUUGGGAACUUGUUGGUCCUUUAAUUCCCCAUAGACCAGAGGUCAUAUAUGACCAUCACCCCUCCUUGAUCCAGGAGACACAAGCACCAUUGCUGCAGCCACCCAUACAUGCUCAGGCUCUGACUGUCCAGAGAGACAGUGCGCUACCUGUAAUGGCAUUAGACUUUGAAGAUAGGGCUUUUGAGAGGAAACUCCAGAACCUUCAGUUGCUGCGAAAUUUUAUGCCACUUACACUUAAUGGACGGAAGGGGUCAUUUACUGAUGGCUUCCUCCAUAGACAUUCACAUAUCAAAAUGGAGGACAAAGCUGUGGACACAUCAGAUUUAGAACAGGAGCCGCAGGAUGACCCCAUGGGUCUUGGCGAAAUUGACUUUACGGCUGCAGCUCUUCUCUUCUGCUUGGAGGAGUCACCACGAGCUCGGAGGAUAUCUGACACAGUCUAUGCAUUUGGUGGGACACGCGUUGACUUCGGCACCCAAACCUUUAGUUUCCCUGCUGCCAUCUUGGCAACAAGUACGAUGGUUGGAGAGGUUGCGUCAGCCUCUGCUUGCGAUCGAGCUGCGCCCCGCCUUUCGCAACCAAGUCCGUUCUGUACUCUGCGGCUUGAUCUGACACUGGAGCAGCUCGUGCCUCGUCCAAGCUGGGCUCCACGAGAGGGCUCCAUGUUUACCUUUGAGUGUGGUCAGCUUUUCCGCCGAGAGGAGUUCCUUUCACAUUUCCGAAAUGUUCAUGGAGAUAUCCAUUCUGGACUCAAUGGCUGGAUGGAACAUCGUUGCCCCUUAGCGUAUUAUGGCUGCACGUUCUCUCAGCGAAGAUUCUGCCCAUCCAAUCAAGGUUCAAAGGUUGUUCAUGACCGCCACCUCAGGUCAUUUGGGGUUCAGCCUUUGUCAGAACCAGUGACAGAACCUAAGUGUGAUCACCUGAGUGGAUUGCCUUUCGAAGUACUUCAGCAUAUAGCACGGUUUGUGGAUGGCUUUGGCUUGUGCCAGCUGUCAAUGGUGUCUCGUACAAUGAGGGAUGUCUGUGCCAGUCUGCUGCAGACCCGUGGCAUGGUGGUGGUGCAAUGGGAGAAAAAGCAAUAUUCAGAUGGAAGACGUAGCUGGCAGAUAAAAGAUAAGGUUUGGCGUUUUAGUACAGCCUUUAGCCCAGUUAACAGGUGGGAGUUUGCAGACACCUCUAGCAUGGCAGACCACCUGAAAUGUUGCCCAUACAAUGAAGUUCUCCGACAGGUGGAGGCAGUUCCGUUGCCCUGCAUGUGCACUACAAGAGAGUUAACGCGAGACGGCAGAUCACUACGAUCUGUUCUUAAACCAGUAUCAUAACAAAAUGGAAAUAUAUUUUUUACAACAUAACUAAAACACUACAAUAUCUAACCUCUUCAAUCUACCGUAAACUAUCACUGUGUAAAUAAAAAAGGAAACAAAAUAUAUUUUGAUUAUUUUUUUAUAAAUGUAUCAAAUAUUAGUUUGGGGUGUGUGUAAAUAUGCGUGUGAGUAAGUGAGAUCUAAUGUUUCAUCCACUAAAAAUCUUCUACUUCCACUAACACACCCAGGCCUUCGUAUCAAGAACAAGGAGAGGACUGGUUUAAGGAAGGGUAAACUAUAGUGUAACAAGGCUUAAUUCAGUGGGAUUAAAUGAGCCUCAAUCUGUCGAAUAGCACUUGAUUUAUUUGCCUUGACACAGGUAAUCUCUGUAACCAUUUAAGGUUUAGCAGAUAAUGUCUGCUGAUAUUAAAAUGUGCACGGUUUGGUUGAAGAAACUGAUCUUUUGGAGUAAAUUGUCUUUGGAUCAGUAUUUCUCCAGUUCAUAGGGAUCUACAUUGCAAACAGGUUUGCCUCACCAUGGUCUUGGAGCAGCUGUCAUGCUUUGGAAUCCAAUUGGAAUUCAAGGUCUCCAUUUUACAAUCCAUGGGCUUGUAUUUAAAAAGAGUAAGCAAGCUGCUCUGGUGUAUGAUUCUAUUACAUUGUAAAUGGAAAAGCAACAUUACGCUUUGGCAACCUACAGUAGAUCAGCACUCUUAUUAAAAACACAAUGUAAGAUCUUUUAUCAACUGUAAUCUCAAUCAGUAUUAAAUUUGCCAGUUCUAAAGACAUCUGGAAAUGGCACCAUUUGCCUUCUGAACAGCACAGGACACUUUGGUUCAGUCUCAAAAACUAUUUAACAAAAUAUCAGCAUGCCAGGUUAGCAUGCCUUUCAUAUCUUGAUAUUUACAGUCUAUACUUGCACUUUACUGAAAUUUUCCUCUGAACUCUACUGUGCGUCCUGUUGAUUAAGAUUCAGGGAAAGUUUGGGUAACACUACAUUUGAAUAGCACAAAAAACUCCAUAACACAGACAAUAUUUGAUGUAAGACAGUAUCACCUGUCUGCAUUAGGUUUACGUUUGUUAACCAAUGAGUGGAAUUGCCAUGGAUGGGUUUAGUUUUUAGCAUGCUCUUUAUUGGGUUUAUGAAAAGCUUUGCACCAUUAUGUGUUAUGGAGCUGUUUUAGGCUUCUCAACUUGCGUGUCACCCAAGGUUGUGUGUUCAUGUCUAUGUAAUCAAAAUUAUUUUUUAUUUUUUUGGUAAUGUACCCCACACAUUGUGUUACUGAAUCUGUGCUAUAUGAAGUCUGUUUUCUGAUUUUUAGGUUGAAUAUUGAGGAUCUAAGCAAAAAAGAAAUUGACAGUACAGAACUGUUGGUUGGAGAUGC